UACAGGUUUGAGGUGUACUGCGGCAAGCAAGAACAACCCAACGGCAGGGCUCUGACAGACUACAAUUCCGGUCCCGCAGCUGUCAUCCGCAAUCUUCGUGAGGUCUUUGAUCCUGCUGGCCCAGGUACAGGUGCCAUGCGCCUGAUUGUCACCGACCGCUUCUAUACUUCCCUCCCCUUGGCAAUGCAGCUACUUACAAUGGGCUUCUACACGGUGGGGACUGUGCAAACGGAUCGGAUCGGACUA